AAGAUGCAUGAUUAAGGUUCGUGAGCUCGGCCAUGGGUUUGUGAAGGCACAAAUAUGUCUGUAGUAUGAGAAAGCCACACCAACCAACCACCAUGGAGGCCAAGGAGGCCGGGGAGGCCGAGAAGGGGAGGGGGAAGGUAGGAGCUAUGAAGUGGCAGGACGACCAUGUGAACCGUAAUGGUUCCCUGCCUCCUUGGUCCCUUGUUCCUGGCCCAGGGAGAAGGAGAGGGGGGAAAGCUCGGGGGUGCUCGGUUUCUGGUCUUUUGGGGCCAUGAUGAAGCUUAGGAGCGGAUCGAGGAGCUAGGUAGGCAAUUGGAGAGUUGGCCAGCCGCACUUGAUUCCAGGCUGAGGGGGUAAAAAAUCUAGCCUCAUCAUGUCCGGAUCCCGAAAUGUGCGGACUCAAAGCGAAGAGUCGGAGGAGGACAUCUUCCAGUCUACGUUUGCCAAUGCCGACAAUGUGAAUAAGGUCAAGAUCACGGGCAUUUGCCAUGCCGACCAUCAGACCAAGCUGGGCAUCGGCCACCACAUGGAUCCAACCUUGGUGGCUCAUCAAAUCAAUCAAGCCCGUAAUGAGGGAGCGGAGAAAUCGGAUCCAUCCAAAGAAGAGGGGUCGCCCGAGGCCACCAGGGACUGGCCCCAUCCCCGCCCAGCACCCAUGAGUCGAAGUACCCGGCCUGCCGCUCUCCUCCGAGCCCAGAGCGCUCAUAGUGCGCCGAGCGCCCAGUCUGGGGCCACUGGCACUUGGCUCCACAGUCAGAUUGGAACCGAUGAUACCUAUUCAUCGCCGGAUGAAUUCGACCACGAGGACGAGGAUGUCGUCAUGGAAAUCACGGUCCACGAGCCUCAUAAGGUCGGGGAGGGCAUGUCAGCCUUCAUGGCUUAUAGGGUGGUCACCCACACCAACCUGCCAGGAUUUAAUGGGGCUGAAGUGAGCGUAGUCAGAAGGUUCAGCGACUUUCUGGGGGUGCAUGAGAAACUGAGAGAGAAGUAUCUCCCCCGGGGUCGCAUCAUUCCGCCCGCACCCGAGAAGAGCAUCCUGGGGACCACCAAGGUCAAAAUAGCUAGUCAUAACGGGGCUGCCGGAGGCACGGGUAGUCUGCCAACCGGGACAGAUAGUCCCGGCGGGAACGGGUCCACCCAGUCGAGUCCGAAUCAAAAAGAGUUCAUAGCUCGGCGACGAUUCGCUCUGGAGCGGUUUAUCAAUCGCGUGGCGCAGCAUCCAGUCCUGAGACGGGACAUGAUCUUCAUCGAAUUCCUCCAAUCCAACCAAGACCUGCCGCGGGCCACUUCCACUUCUGCCUUGUCCUCGGCCUCGGUCUUGCGAUUGAUCGGUCGCAUGGGCGAUACCGUAAACAAGAUGACCUACAAGAUGGAGGAGAACGACCCUUGGUACGAGGACAAGGUCCAGCAGAUCGACCAUCUGGCGGCCCAGUUGAAGAAGCUUUACGCCUUGGCUGAGAGCCUGGUCCAAUGUCGACAGGAUUUGGCAUCAGCCACGGGUUAUUUUGCCCAUAGCACGGCCAUGUUGGCCAAUUGCGAAGAGGCCCAUUCCUUAUCCAGGGCCUUGGCUCAAUUGGCCAAGGUCGAGGAGAGCAUAGAGCUCGUGCAUCAGGAUCAGGCCAAGGCCGAUUACUUCUACCUCUUUGAGCUCAUCAAGGAUUACGUGGGAUUAGUGGGGGCGGUCAAAGACGCUUUGUCAGAGAGAAGUAAGUCCUUUCAGAACUGGCAAAACGCCCAGAGUAUGCUUAUCAAGAAGAAGGAACAACGCUCCCGAUUGGAAAUGGGAGGUCGCACCGACAAGAUCCCCAUCGCCAAUGAAGAGGUCAUUGAGUGGGAACUGCGCUUGGAGGAGAAUCAAGUCAACUUCAAUAGGAUCUCGGAGGUGAUCAAGGUGGAGAUUGCCUUGUUCGAGCGCUACCGAGUCAAAGACUUUAAAGUAGCCAUUAUCCAGUACUUGGAGGCACUCAUGAAAUGUCAGCUCCAAAUGGUCAAACAUUGGGAGGAUUUCCUCCCUGAGGUCAAGAACAUUUUGUACUGAUCAUUCGUGUGACUAGUAAUGACGACUCGCCGCCGAUGCUGGGAACUGAAGUGUUGGUGGAGGGAUGCAUGUUGUGCCAUCAAACUUUUGACACUUUGUACUAUCCCUAAAUCACAUUGUCAAGAAAUACAGUAAUUUUGGAAACCA